AUGGAUUUGUCUCCGGCAAAGGCUACGGAGUUUCGCAUUAUAGUUGAGGCUGGCGAGGGCGACAGCGGUGACGAGUCGGGAGCUGGGCUAAAACGCAAGCGCCAAAUCGCUCCAUGCGACUAUCACCAACUGGUGUGCACAAGAUGCCAGAAGAACGGCGAAAGAUGCAUUCGAUCAGCGGAGCGCAUCAAGUUCAGGCACGGAUCUAGUGCGAGAUAUGAUGUCAAAGGGUUCGCUGCCAGCCAGAUCUGGUUGAAACCAACCAAAGCAUCCAGGUUGAGAUAUGUUGACGAAACUGCUGAGAUAGCAGCGAUAUACGGCCAGGUAGAAGAAGCUUCCAGCCUUGGCCAACGACAAAUACAAGGACAACAACAGGAUCAGCAGCAGCAAGUACGGCAAGAAGAGCAAGACGGAGAGGAGGACAUAUCAUCUCAAUCUCAAUCACAGGAUGCAGAAUCUUCUGAAGUCGACACUCAGCUCGCUCCACCACAUGCCGGCGAUGACCCGCAUGUGGACGUAGAACCUGGCCCUUCUGCGUUGUUAUCACCGCAGAAUCCCAAUUCUGUCUCCAGCGAACUCGCCAGGGGUUCUACACAGUCAAUCGAACCGUUCUGGCAGCCAUCCCUGGAAAAUGAACAAAAUACACCAUUUCAAUCUAGCCCUCUGCAAACAAGGUUGAGCUCGCAGCCCUCCGCUACCUCUUACUCCCACAAUCAGAACCAUAUCGUCAACGAUGCCUCGCCACGAAGCUUUUUGCUUGAUGGCCUGGCUAAGUCAGCUCCACACGCCACCUCCCAGACAGCAAAUUCGGAGCUUGAAGUCACACUAUUGCGCUACUUUAUUGACGUCCUUGCCUGCUGGUUUGAUAUCUGCGACCCUGAGAAACACUUUGCUCUGAUUGUACCUCCUCGAGCCCGUUGGUGUCCGCCCUUGAAGAAUGCAAUACUAGCAGCCUCGGCACGCCACUUGACUCGAGUCUGCAAUCCGAACUCGAAAUCUGAUUUCGUUUACUUCCAUGACGGCGAGGUUCUCCCAAGUCUCACCGAAGAGACCGCCUUGCAUUAUCAUACUGAAUGUGUCAAAGAUCUUGUCCAACGAAGCAUGAACAUGGAGCAAACGCAAGAUGCAAGCCUUCUCGCUGCUGCUAUCAUCCUUCGUUUCUACGAGGAAAUCGAUGCGCCGCUCCGUGAAGAUCCCAGUGAUAGUGAGCUUUUCCUACGUGUCAUCAAUGUCUUCAUUGAUGCUCAAACCCCUAAUGCACCAGUUGUUCCGCAUAGCUCUCCAGUAAUCACCGGGCCCGAAAUUGCUACAGACCAGUAUGGGAUUUUUGUGCUCUCGUCCCAGAUCGCACACUCUCCAAGCACUUCUCAUACUCCCAACCACAACGGGCUCCCUUCAUAUUGGCGUGCCGAUGGCCUCCGCCAGGCAGGCUUUUGGGUAGCAUUCAGACAAGAGAUACACAGUGCCUUCCUAAAGCAACGUUCCUUCAAUCUCUCACUAUCUCGUUGCGAAGCAUUCCGGAGUUUCUCGCCCGCCGAGGACGCCGUCUGGGCCGAUCGAUUGAUCGUAUUCUGUGCCGAUGUCCUGGAGUUCUGCUAUAAUGACAAGAAAGAAAAUUUAUCGCAGCAGCAGUCCAAUCAGACGCCAAAAGAUCAAUGGCUAGCCUUGAAGCAGUAUGAAAAAACGUGCAGAGAGCUUCUACCUGCCAGUUUCGAACCGAUUUUCUUCCGGGAUCCGGAUCGCUCUAAUGGCGAGGUGUUCCCUCGAAUCUGCUACAUGGUCGAUUGCCAUGUAGUAGGAGUGCAGUACGUGGAUCUAGCAAAGAUUCUGCUCUCAGUAUACGAUCCUACGCGACCAAAGCUCGGACCAGGCUAUACUGCGAGCAUGCGUAGUUUGGCUAGAGAGGUACGAGCCGCCGUGUUGCGUCUUUGCGGCAUCGCUAUGAGCAACCGCAAGUGCCCCCCGGCCUUGGUCACGGCUUACCUAGGUAUAGCUAUAUGCGGAGACUAUUUCGAAGACCCUUUGGAACAAGACGCCCUGCUUGGAGUCCUGGACGAGAUGGAGACUCGCCAUGCCUGGCCUGCUGGAAACACGAGACAACUGCUGAAGGAGGCUUGGGGCAAAGAGUGA